CCAGUUUUGUCCUCCGCAUGAGAGAGAAAGAAAAGCAAAAAGAGCCAGAGAAAGUGUGUGUAAAAUGUACCUCUCCUCUCAGACACAGAGAGAGAGAGAGAGAGAGAGAGAGAGAGAGAGAAAUACAGUGAGAGAGGUAGGGAGUUUUGUUUGUAUUUUUGAAUUUUCUUACAAGGGACGAUAAUAAUAGUGGUAGCCAGAGGCAGGAAGAGUACCGGGUUGUUGUUGUAUUGUAUACUUGUGUAGUUUGUGAAGAAAAGGACUUGCUUUGUUUGGUGAGACUCUGUGUGUGACUGUCUCUAACUUUGACUCGGCAAAGUUUUAAAACUUGCCCUUUCUUUUCUUCUUGUCAUUUUUGGCAAGCAUUUUGGGUCUUCUAAGUUCUUCAAUUUCUGUGUCUCUGCUAAUGAGUAGUGGGGGUUUGUUUUUGUUAUUUGUUUUUUGGGCAUGUUGAAGGGGUGUAAAUGAGGGGCUUGAAGAGAAAAAGAUGCGAAUCGGUGACGAAAUGAUUCUUUGCGUCUUUCUUCUGAGGAUUUUUGCGUCAAAAAAUUCGAUUUUUAUCUGAUAUUCUCCUCUUUCAUGUGCCCCUUGAAGCUUCUCUCAUGGGUUCUCCCCGCACUUUUCCCCACUACUUCAAGCAUUUCUAGACUGGGUUGCAUUUUCUGCGUCUCCAAGCUCCAUGGAGGCUAAAGCCUUGAGAAAAACAAAGCAAAAAUUUGAGCUUUUGACGCCAAAGCAGCUGCUACUCUGAGUUUGUGUGGUCAAUACUCAAGAAAGAUUUGAGCUUUAAGAUUGGUUUUGUUUAUUUUCAUCUGGGUUAUUUAACUUCAAGCUCUUGGUUUGCCUACUAUAUGUAACAUGUGGGUUUCAGUUCAGCUUUUCUGAGCCUUUGCUCUCACUGUCUUGCUUUUGAGAUUUGUGGCUUUCUACUCUCUAAUGGAUAGAAGAAGUACUUCAAAAUUGAACAGUAGGCUUACUAGGCUUCUCCUUUUGCUAUUCAUAUUCUGCUUUCGCCAAGAAACUGUGCAGUGCCAAGAAACUGACCCUCCAUCGCCGUCAAAGCAGCCCCACUUCAAGAACCAGCUUCAAAGAAUCAUUCUCAGCAUUGUGUUGGGAGUAGUGACAGGACUAAUUUGUGCCCUUCUCACUGCUUUCUUGGUCCGCUGCUUUCUCCGCUACAUUAGCAGAACCCCAAUUCUAAAAGGCCCUGUCAUAUUUUCUCCGAAAAUCGAUCCCAAGACGCUCCAAUUGGCAUUAACUAAUGAAAACCAGUUACUGGGUUCUAGCCCAAAUGGCAAGUACUACAGGACUGUUCUUGAAAAUGGGCUUAUCAUUGCAGUCAAGCAGCUUGGACCCUUUUCCGAGUGUAGCUCGCCAGAGUCUCAGAGCAAGUCGGUGAAGAGGCGAAUACAGCAGGAGCUUGAAGUUCUUGCUGGCCUGAGGCAUAGGCAUUUGAUGAGCCUGAGGGCUUAUGUUCGUGAACACGAUAGGUUCUCUUUGGUUUAUGAUUUUGUGCCCAAUGGGAGCCUAGAGGAUGCUAUGAAUAGAGUUAGAGAAAACCAGUUGCAGCUUGGUUGGGAAGUUCGGCUUCGGGUUGCAGUUGGGGUGAUUAAGGGGCUUCAGUAUCUUCACUCGUAUGUUCCUCAGAUUAUGCACUACAACUUAAAGCCUACAAAUGUUAUGUUGGAUUCGGAGUUUGAACCAAGAUUGGGAGAUUAUGGGUUGGCCAAGCUUACUCCUUAUUUGGAUGGAGCAACAUCUGGCUACAGCGCUCCAGAGUGUUUCCAGAAUGGCAGGUACAGUGAUAAGAGCGACAUUUUCAGCUUUGGGAUGAUAUUGGGUGUUUUAUUAACUGGUAGAGACCCAACUGACCCCUUCUUUGGGGAAGCAGCUAGUGGUGGAAGUUUAGGACGGUGGCUGCGGCACUUGCAGCAAGCCGGGGAGGCACGGGAAGCAUUAGAUAAGAGUAUAAUAGGGGAAGAGGGGGAGGAAGAUGAGAUGUUGAUGGCAGUGAGAAUUGCUGUUGUAUGCCUAUCAGAUUUGCCAGCAGAGAGACCCUCAAGUGAUGAGCUUGUUCACAUGCUAACCCAACUGCACAGUUUUUGAAUCAGAUGUAAGUAUUUUGUUGAGUUGAAGCUUCUAUUUCUGUAGAUUUUGGGGAACUAGACUUCAGAAAUGUUUGCUUUCAGGUUUUGGUCUGCAAUCUGCACGUCUUUUCAAAUUGUAAGCUUCCCUGUUGUAAUGUAUGUACAUUGACUGUGGUGAAGAAGUCAAGGAAAUUUCUAACUUUGGAGUAAGUAUGAGCAGAUAACCCAUGUGGGGCCCAUCUCUAUUAUUGUGUUUUUCACCUCCUGAUGGUAGGGAUUUGCUGGCUGUCUUUUUCCGGACAUUACUUUUUUCAAAAUCACGGGUCUUUUCAACCUGUGAAGUUGGACUAUUCUCUACAUGCCUGCUUCAAUAACCAUUCUGUGUGGAUGUGCAAUCUGAGAAAAACCUCCA